CGGGUGAUCUUGUAGCUGCUCCGGUAGGUUUAGCGUGCGCGGGUUUCUGCAGUUCUGGGGUGAGCUUGCACGUUAGUUACGUCACCGGUGCUUGUCUCCUUGCUUGCUUAAGUUGCCACCACUUAGGCUUCUAUUGCAGAAAUCAUUCUAGACUCGAAAGGGCCGCGAAAACGUAACGACCUUGGUGACUGGCUUGCAAACUCCUGGCAGGGCUGCCUUGCACGGGUUGGACGCAGACGUUGGUUGUGGAUUUAAUUUUCUCCAGCUUUGCAGCUAUUGUUUGGCCUCAUUAGCUUCUCAAAACUGGCGUCCCCGGUCUCGAGUGGAAGCUGAGGGCCAAAAACUCAAAAGAGCAAUUACUGUGUCAUCGUAAAGUGAUUAGAGUGAAUUUCCUAGUGGCUUCCAGAGGAGGAAAAAUAGCGACAUGAUUUCACCUAUGGCCCAAUAGAGAUUAGCCCCUCUAUUGUGGGCCCUUCACAAAGGUGGCCUGUUACCAUUCCUAAGUACCAAAAUGAGUGACCGCUAUUUAGAACAAAGGAUUAGUAUCAAAUUUUGUGUGAAAUUGAACAAGUCUGCAAGUGAGACCCACCAUCUUUUAAAAGAAGCUUAUGGGGAUGAAGUCAUGUCAAGGGCCAGAGUUUUUGACUGGCACAAGAGGUUUAAACAAGGAAGGGAAGAUGUUCGAGAUGAUGCCCGAAGUGGUCGUCCAGUCACCCAUCGGACAGAUGAAAAUAUACAGAAGGUCAAGGACUUGGUUUGUUCAAACAGGCGGUUAACUGUGAGGAUGAUGGCCGAAGAGUUAAAUUUAGAUAAAGAAACUGUUAGACUCAUUCUGAAAGAAAAUUUGAACAUGAGGAAAGUUUCUGCAACAGUUAUAUCUGGCAUUUUGGAGGAUGAGCCUAAAGCUCGAAAACUUAACUUUCGCUCUGACCUUUCAAGGGAAACUAGGAAAAAUAGCCCGUGUGUGAGGAAAAAGUUAAGUUUGCAAACAUGGAGUCAUCUCCAGAGCAAAGCUGGUGAGGAAAUGCUUCUGCCAGUAUCCCAUCCCAGAACCCACUACCAUGCCAGCCACCUUCUGCAGGCUUCAUCUUCAGCAAGUCUUCCUGCCAGAGUAACUCAGGACUGGUUCACACCAUGGUGAAAGGAAUGCCAAGUAGCUGAACCUAAGCUAGAAAGCUGCCUCACUAUUAAGCAUCUUCAUUUGCUGCUCAUCUAUUUUCAGUCUUCUCUACCAUACCCCUCUAUGUGUCAUGACCCUCCUACUUACUGUUUGCUGGACUAUUGGACCGUCUUCCUUGCUGUUCUCAAACUCUGAGGAACUCUUGGCUAUUGACUUCUGGUACUUACAUGUUCUUGAUUUGUUUAAUAAGUUUGGAUUUCUUCACUGCCCAGACUUUAGCUUGCCGUGGCUAUCUUGUUCCUUUUUUCCCAAUAUUCUGCCUCAGGUGAUCAUGCCAGUGAAAGGUGGGAACAGAGCCUUUUGGAGUCUGUAUGUCUGUGCCCAGGGAGGCAAGCUCCUCUGGGAGGACCCCAAAAGAAGGCUUACAGUUCCACCAGCUUCAGUCAGGUCUUGAGGUAUGGUACAGAAGGCAGUAGCAUGCUGACAUAUCCAGCUAUGGUGGGCUUAAGGGCCAAUCUGGCCCAAAUGACUCAGUGGGAGUCCCUCAGAACUGAAGUAUUGGCCCUCAAUACUGAUAUACUCACAGACCUACACCUCCCAGAAGAGAGGCAACCAGUGUUACCACUUUCUUCAGGAAACAAUUUGGUUACCUCUGAUAUUCAAGAAACAUGAAACUUUCUCAGAUACAGCGUCAAAAUCUCAUGCUUCCAGCAACCAUAUCUUUUUUGGCCAAAGAAGCUCCACCUAACCAUAGGAAAUCAAGCCUGGCUCUCUGUGAAGUGUCAGAAGAGCUGGCCAUCUGCAAACUCAGACCAUAUUUCUCAAGCUCAGUCAGUGAAUCUCUUUGGCCUUCAGCCUGAUGCCUGCCCCUGGCCUCAUUCUUCUUCACAAUCCACAUGGAAUGUUAUAUGCCACAGCUGAAUGUUCAGGAGGAACAGACCUUCCAGAGCAGGCACUGCAUCAGUGAUUUAUCUAAUUCUCUCACUACCCAUCACCCCACUCCACCUUGCUCUACCUGCCCCGCUUGCAAUGAUAAAACCAGAAAGGAUGAAAAGUUCACCAGAUCUUUGACUUUGAAAAACAUGUGGAUGGUUCUGCAAUCUUCUGAAUUUGAGUCCUCUUUGAGAUGUUAUCAUUUGAAAAGAAUGCGUACUUGAUGCCUGCUCUCCAUAGCCAUCCUAUUAGAUCCCAAGUCCAGAUUUUCCACUGGAUAUGCCCAGAUAAAUCAGAGUGCUAAAUGACUUGAGGACAUGGAGUAAAGGAGUUGGGUACUACUAGAGAAAUGUCUGUCACUGCUCUACUGUUACAGACACUGCUCGGCCAGCCUGCUAUUUUCAUACAUCGCCACCAACAAGUUUUCUCACUAGGCUCCCAUGGGAUUGGUUUUCACCAGAGUCCCAUGUGGCUCAAUUAGUAAUGGCCUUCCUUUGCUGCUGGAACUGUUUAUGUUACCUUGUGUUCACCAACUGGUUCUUCAGUUUGAUCAGACAUCUCAGAUUUUCCAGGCCUUUCUAUCCUACUCAAUUUGACUAAAAACGAUAUUGCACAAGGCAACCCUCAUGUAUUUCUGUUCUCUAGUCUCUGACUAGCCAGAUCCUUCCAAAUAACAGAAGUUGCAUCACCCCUCUCCUGGUAUUAAUUCCAGAAGCAAAAAAAAAAAAAAAA